AUGACGCUCAAAUUCAUCAGCCUGGGCGUAUGGAUUCUUCAGGGCAUCAUGGCCAUAGUUGUCCUUGCCCUUUCUAUCGAGCUCAUCAAGACCCAGAGAGUUGGAGAUGCACCUACCACUACCAAAUACAGCGCGUUUACUGGCGGUUUUGGAUUGGCUGUUGCCAUUUUCGGUGCGAUCGCAACUUUCUUUGAUGUAAUCCCGGCCCUCGUUGUGAUGGCUGCCGAUGCUAUAAGCGGGCUAUUGCUCCUGGCCGGAGGCAUUGCCAUUGCCAUUGGACUCCGUGGAGUUACCUGCGACCCCAAUACUCAAGACGAGUGGACCAAGCUGCAAGACAAUGACCUAGUCAAUCGCGGAAAGACGAAGGUGGAUGGGAAAUGGGGUUAUGGAGCCAGAACACCAGCACAACUUGUAGACAACUGCAAGAAGGCCACUGCUGACCAAGCCAUGCAAUUCGUGACCUUUGGUUUUGCCCUGGCUACCAUCAUCCUCGUCUUCUGGGUGUGGAAGAAAAGUCGUUCUGGUGGCGGCCGGGCCUACGUCUAA